UCUUUAAAGAUUUCAGAAAUUUUAAGAGCAUUAUUAAGUAGUGACUGCAGCUGGUGUAACAAUUAGAAAUGUAUACAAUAAAUGGUGGUGGUGAAAGAAAUGCAAUUGAUUUGAGUAAGGAAUAUUCACCCACAAAGAAUUCAAAGCGUUUUUUAGAAGCCGAGGAGCCUGAUAAAGCAGUAAUCGAGCAUUUUCUAAAGGUCACAACGGAGCAAACUGAAUCGGCACUCGCAAAAUAUAAAGUUCGCCGUGAUGUUUCUUAUGGAAAGAGCUUUAAAAGCAAUAAAAACAGUACAGUAGAUAACCGAAUUGUAGACAUAUAUUAUAAGGAUACGGAAAACGGGACACCAAUUUUCGUUUAUAUACACGGUGGCUACUGGCAAGAAUUGGAUAGAAGUACUUCUGGUUCUUUCGUAGAACCUUUAGUGGAACAAGACUUUCGUGUAAUUGCAGUUGAUUACAAUUUAUGCCCCUCCGUGUCACUCGCCACACUUAACGAACAAUUUAAACACUUCUUUGAGUGGUUGUACGCAUAUGCAAGCGAUACUAAAGCGAGUAAAAUAUCAAUAAGUGGUCAUUCAGCUGGUGCCUACAUGAUGACGCUAUUGUUCAAUAACAGCUUACUAAGAUUACCUUUUGUUGACAAUACGGUGUCGUUUUUCUUGAUCAGUGGCGUUUUUGAUUUACGUGAAUUAUGGAAUUUGCCAAGCGUUAACCCGGCGAACAUAUUGAACUUGGAUUUAGUAAGCGCCGAAGAACUCUCACCAAUUUGUUGGAAAUUGGAUGAAGAAUUCAUCGAGUUAGCGAAACAAAUACAAAUACGUAUACACGUUUUAGUAGCGGAAAAUGACAGUGAAACAUUUAAAGGACAGUCUCUAGCAUUUACAAAGAAAUUGAGAGAGACUGGUCUAGAAAUCGAAUUUAAAUUAUUUGAGGGCUAUGAUCAUUUUGAUAUAAUAGAAAAUGUGCCUGUGAAAGGUUCAGAGAUAAAUACAUACUUACUAAAACAUUUAGUGUAGUAAAUAACUGAAGGCGAUGUAUAAUAGAAAACUCCACAAUAAAAACAAAAUCAAA